ACAAAAACAUAUUUUGUUGUAAGAAAGGUGUAAAGUAAGUAAUCCAGAAAGUAAGAAAAAAAUCCAUAUAAAAUGACCAAAACACAACUCCCAACCACUCCAAACAAAAAGUUUUCUUCCUAAAGCCUAAACCCAAACUUUUCAAAAAAAAGGAAGAAACAGCAAAAGAAGAGUAUGGAAGAAGAAGAUGGAGACGCGUCUACGCCGUUUUGGCUUCAAUCCCGCCGCAACAACACUUACUUCCGUCGCACCUCUAGCCUCGGCGGCCGCGCAACCACCGUCGCAACCCAAGUAUUCUUCGCCGGAGCUGCUGCAAUCCUUAUAGUCUUCUUUAUCAUCCCUCCUUUCUUCACCUCUGUUUCACAGAUUUUCCGGCCUCAUUUGGUCCGCAAAAGCUGGGAUUAUCUCAACUUCGUUCUCGUCCUCUUCGCCGUCCUCUGCGGCUUCCUCAGCCGCAACGCCGGUAACGACGAAAGCACUCAUCACAAGGAAGAAGUCAGUAAAAACAAUGAGGUAAUCAACGGUUAUGGUUUCAACAAAUUCUCGUCCUCGCCGUUGAUCAUCGAUCGAGGUCGUGUAUCUAACGGUGCCACGCCGCGUUACUGGAUCGAUGAUCGCGGCGGAGAUCAGUUUCCCGAUCAUACAGUGUACAAGAGGAUUAGCAGAUUACGGAGUAGUAGCUCGUAUCCAGAUCUGAGGCUUCCAGAAUUCGAUACCGAUCAACGGUGGAGAUUUUACGAUGAUACACGUGUAAGUCAAUGCCGCUACGAAGCUUCAGAUCCGAUCUAUCAAAAUCCAGUCUGGCCAGAGGUUAAAUCACCGGAGGAAGAUAUUGAUCAAACAGACGGCGGCGACGGAGGAGGAAAUGUCACUGAGAAAGUUGAGGUCGUUGCGACGGCGACAGCGGAAGUAGUAGAAGAGCUAUCGCCGCCUCCGCCUUCUGCUCCGGCGUCUCCGCCUCGUGCUCAGAGGAGGACAAAGAGAGUGUACCAAGACGUAGCUCGAAAGGAAGAGAAGAAGGAGAGAGCUGAUUUUGUGACGGCGACGCCUCCGAUGACACCAGUUCCACCUCCGGCGACUGUGAAUCAAAAGAGCAAUAAACAGGAGAAGAAGAAGAAAGGAGGAGCAACCAAGGAGUUUCUGAUUGCGCUACGGAGAAAGAAGAAGAAGCAGCGGCAACAGAGCAUCGACGGUCUCGAUUUACUAUUCGGCUCCGAUUCUCCUCCGUUAGCCUAUUCAAUGCCACCGAAAUCACCGCCGCAUCCUCCUCCUCCGCCGCCUCCACCACCUUUCUUCCAAAGCCUUUUCUCGUCCAAAAAGGGUAAAAGCAAGAGAACUUAUUCAACUCCACCGCCUCCUCCUCCUCCACCACCUGAACGGAACUUUGAGUCACGCGCAUCAAUGGCAAAGAUUCGCAAAGCUCCGAUGGAAUCACGCACAUCUAAACCCAAUCCGGCAGCUAAAGUAUCCCAAUUCGUAGGCACUGGAAGUGAAUCCCCAUUGAUGCCGAUCCCGCCACCGCCUCCUCCUCCGCCGUUCAAAAUGCCGGCAUGGAAAUUCGUGAAGCGUGGAGAUUACGUCAGGAUGGCUAGUAACAUCAGCAUAAGCUCAGACGAACCUGAUGAUGAUUCCGAUGUAGCUCAAUUAGCCGACGGUAAGGCCGCCAGUAGUAUGUUUUGUCCGAGCCCCGACGUAGAUACCAAAGCCGAUGAUUUCAUCGCGAGAUUCAGAGCUGGACUCAAAUUGGAGAAGAUGAACUCGGUGAAACGAGGGAGAUCCAAUUUAGGACCCGAACCCGGACCUGGUGAAUCCGAAUCUUAAACGGGUUACCCAAGCGUAUAGAAUUUUGAUUUUUUUUUUUUUUUCUCGAACGUCGAUUCCUUUUUUUGGUUUGAAUUUUGGCUUAACUUAAUUGAGUAAUUGUGUUGUUGUUUUUUUCUUACAUUUAAUUGAUUUCGUAUACGUAGUUUUGUCAUUUGUGGUGUAUACAAUUACUCGAUUAGUAUCCC